CGGGGGAGGGGUGCGGUUCCCUCUGCCUCCAGUGCUUCAGACACAGCAGAUCUGUUUCACGUUAGGAGAAAGGUUUUGAGCAUUACCCUGCCAGGUGGAAUUGUUUUUACAUCCAUCCUGAAACUGACAAUUUUUGUCUCUGAAAUGACCUAGGCUGUAAUCAGAAGGUGUCAGGGCCACAAGUCCCUGUAUCCCAUGGGGAGUCAAGGCCCAGAGAAGCACAUUCCUGGGUGAGGGUCACCCAGCAGUUAAGGUUGGAGGAGUGCCCACACCCAGAUUGCCUCCCAUCCCCUAGGCACCACCCUGCUCAGUGCCGGCCACAUUCCUCUCCUAGCUCAUGACCUGAAGUUCAGGUUCAUGAAGCCCCAGGCGAUCCUGGGGCUUCUUAGCAGCAAAGAACAAGUCAGUUUUGGUUUUUUUGAACAGGUGUAGGCUUGAGAACUGGGCCCUGGCUUUCCCUGAGGACCACAAGACACUCCUGUCCCCAGCAUCCCCUUCUUUCUCUUGCAAAAGCGUGCAAACAGACACUCCUUUUCUGGGGGCCAUUGGGAGAAGGGCACCGUUUGAUGCCCCACUUCAGUGGCUCUGUUGAGGCAACUAGAAUGGGUCCUGUUGUUCUCUCCAGGUCAGGCCAGGGCCAGACAGGGUGCCUGCCAGGAGGACACCGUGGACAUUGAUGCUGAGAGCACUGUGCCUCCCUCCCCCAGCCUCCCCAGUGCACCUGUGCAGGAGAGACCAGGCUCAAGGCCAGGGCGCUCUGUCUCAGACCCUCCUGCUUACUCCGACUCACUGAACUCACACAAAGCACUUCACCUGGAGCUGGGAGGUCAGGGAUGAUCAGGUUUAUCCCUGAGCUGGUUCAGAGGCAGGAGCCUGGGUAGCAUGAGAGACAUCUGGCCUGUUCCUCUGUGUGGGAGAAUAUCUGUUUGUUUUCAGGCUCUGGGGAGGAUCUAAGGACAUGGCCAGGGGAGCGGGAGCAGGCUGCUCUCCCAGCCUCGUUUACAUACUCUAGUGUGCAACAGAGCACUCGAGGACGGAGAUCUUUCUCCGAGAGUGUUAUAUUCUGAAAGGGGCAUCACGCAUCUUUUUUUUUUUUUUUUUUAAGUUCCUGUCUUGAGGAUUACCUAGACAAAUUCCGAUAGUCAGCUUCUGUCUGAGUAAAAGGAAAAAAAAAAGUGGCUUUCAUAAAAUAGAAAUGAAAUAAAAUUAAUUUAAUUUGUCACACAGAAAAAUAAAUCCAGAGUCUAGGGCUGUUUCAAUUCUCCACGGGGUCGGAGCCUAGUUUCUUACUCUCUGCUUUACCAUCUUUAGCACAUGGCUCUUACUACCUAUGUGGCCAAAGAUAGCUGCUAAAGAUCCAGCCAUCAUAUCCAUAUUCCAGCCAGCAGGAGGUGGAGGGGCAUGGAGAAAGGCUUCCCACCUUUUGUGAGGACAUAUCCUGGAAUUCACACACUGUACUUUUGCCAUAUUGGCUAAAACAAUUCCAGAGACUGAAGAAGGUAGCCUUUAUUCUAGGUGGCUGUGUGCCCAGACAAAACACAGGGAUUCUUUUCUAGGGAAAAUGGAUAUUAGGGGACAAUUAACUAUCUCUGCCCUGCCUUCCUCUUGGAUGGGUAAUAUUAAAAGGGUUUAUAAUACACAGGCAUCCUAUUUAAGAUUGCAAUAUUAUCAUCAAGACUUGUUUUAGAAGCACAGACUAACAUUCAGUCAAUUCAGUUCAGUCACUCAGUUGUGUCCAGCUCUUUGCGACUCCAUGGACUGCAGCAUGCCAGGCCUCCCUGUCCAUCACCAACUCCCGGAGUUUACUCAAACUAAUGUCCAUAGAGUCGGUGAUGCCAUUCAACCAUCUCAUCCUCUGUUGUCCCCUUCUCCUCCUGCCUUCAAUCUUUCCCAGUAUCAGGGUCUUUUCCAAUGAGUCAGUUCUUUGCAUCAGGUGGCCAAAAUAUUGGAAUUUCAGCUUCAGCAUCAGUCCUUCCAAUGAAUAUUUAGAACUGAUUACCUUUAGGAUGAACUGGUUGGAUCUCCUUGCAGUCCAAGGGACUCUCAACAUUAGAAAUCAGCUAGUCCACAGUCUCGUUUUUCAGAUUAGGAAACUGAAGCCCAGAGAGGUUAAUCAAAUCAGCUGCAAUCACACAGGAAGUUAAUGGCAUCUAUUUUCCAGCACAUGUUCAGUGGGAGUGUUUUUUGGUUUUCUCUCUUUUUUAACCUAAGAAGAAGAAAAAAUAAAGCUUUAUUCUGGAGGGUAGCGAACUCAAGCACCAAGGAUGAUAUUCCAUCCGUCACUGGGUCUCUAAGCUGCAGGACACCAUCUGGAGGUGGAUGACGGGGCUGGCAUGCCCCGAUCUGCUCAAUCCUGAGUCAUGGCAGCUGAGGACUCGGCACUGGUUGGCUGGAGGGUGCCCAUGCUGGCUUGGCCUCUGUGUGUGCACGUGCCCUGUGUGUCUCUGUGUGUGUCUGCCCCAUACACUGACUCCAGCCUGGCAAGCUUGCAGAUCUGACUCCAUGUGCUUCUGUUUCAGGGAGCACUCUGCCAGGAUGGGAGCUGCUCACAGGCCGGACGUCUCCUUUAGGGUGAUGCUGACCAUCGGUUGGUUCAUCCUGGCCCACUUUCCUGGUACCGCAUCCAUGGGGUCAGCUGAGUGCCCUGAUCAGUGGCCUGAGUUGCAACCCUGGAAUCCUGGCCAUGACCCAGCCCACUAUGUGUAUAUAGGCCAGGGCAGAGCACUGUUGCUCACCUCUUCUGCCACGGUCUACUCCAUCCGCAUCUCAGAGGGAGGAAAGCUAGUCAUUAAAGACCAAGAUGAGGCCAUUGUUUUGCGUACCCGGCACAUCCUGAUUGACAGCGGAGGAGAGCUGCAUGCUGGGAGUGCCCUCUGCCCUUUCCAGGGCAAUUUCAGCAUCGUUUUGUAUGGAAGGGCUGAUGAUGGCAUUCAGCUAGAUCCCUACUUUGGCCUCAAGUACAUUGGUGUCGACAGAGGAGGUACCCUUGAGUUGCAUGGACAGAAGAAGGUCUCCUGGACGUUUCUGAACAAGACUCUUCACCCGGGUGGCCUGGAAGAGGGAGGCUAUUUUUUUGAAAGGAGCUGGGGUCACCGUGGAGUCAUUGUCCAUGUCAUUGACCCCAAAUCAGGAACAGUCAUCCAUUCUGACAGAUUUGACACCUACAGAUCCAAGAAAGAGAGUGAGCGUCUGGCCCAGUAUUUAAAUGCCGUGCCCAAUGGCAGGAUCCUUUCUGUUGCUGUGAAUGAUGAAGGCUCUCGAAAUUUGGAUGAUGUGGCCAGGAAGGCGAUGACCAAACUGGGCAGCAAACACUUUCUACACCUUGGAUUCAGACACCCUUGGAGUUUCCUAACUGUGAAAGGAAAUCCCUCUUCUUCUGUUGAAGACCACAUCGAGUAUCAUGGACACCAUGGCUCUGCUGCUGCCCGGGUGUUCAAACUCUUCCGGACAGAGCACGGUGAGCUUUUCAACGUCUCCUCAUCCAGCGAGUGGGUUCAAGAUGUGGAGUGGACAGAGUGGUUUGAACAUGACCAAGUGCCUUACACAAAAGGUGGAGAGAAAAUUUCCGACCUCGGGGUCACUCACCCAGGGAAAAUCUGCAAUCGCCCCAUUGAUAUACAGGCCACUACAUUGGAUGGAGUCAACCUCACCACUGAGGUUGUCUACAAAAAGGGCCAGGAUUAUAGGUUUGUGUGCUACGACCGGGGCCAAGUCUGCCAGAGCUACCGUGUGCGGUUCCUGUGCGGGAAGCCUGUGAGGCCCAAACUCACCGUCACCAUCGACACCAAUGUGAACAGCACCAUCCUGCAUCUGGCAGACAAUGUACAGUCUUGGAAGCCUGGGGACACCCUGGUCGUUGCCAGUACCGAUUACUCCAUGUACCAGGCGGAAGAGUUCCAGGUGCUCCCCUGCAGAACCUGUGCCCCCAACCAGGUCAAAGUAGCAGGCAAGCCGAUGUACAUGCACACUGGGGAGGAGAUCGAUGGUGUGGACAUGCGUGCCGAGGUGGGACUCCUGAGCCGGAACAUCGUGGUGAUGGGGGAGAUGGAGGACGAGUGCUACCCCUACAGCAACCACCUCUGCAACUUCUUUGACUUCGACACCUUUGGGGGCCACAUCAAGUUUGCACUGGGAUUCAAGGCCGCACACCUGGAGGGCGUGGAGCUGAAGCACAUGGGCCAGCAGCUGAUUGGUCAGUACCCAAUUCACUUCCACCUGGCGGGUGACGUGGAUGAAAAGGGGGGCUACGACCCGCCCACAUAUGUCAAGGAUCUCUCCAUCCACCACACGUUCUCCCGCUGUGUCACCGUCCACGGCUCCAAUGGCUUGUUGGUCAAGGAUGUUGUAGGCUAUAACUCUUUGGGCCACUGCUUCUUCACGGAAGAUGGGCCAGAAGAGCGCAACACCUUUGACCACUGUCUCGGCCUCCUCGUCAAGUCUGGAACCCUCCUCCCCUCUGACCGUGACAGCAAGAUGUGCAAGACGAUCACGGAGGACUCCUACCCGGGGUACAUCCCCAAGCCCCGGCAGGACUGCAAUGCUGUGUCCACCUUCUGGAUGGCCAAUCCCAACAACAACCUCAUAAACUGUGCUGCUGCGGGAUCCGAGGAAACUGGGUUCUGGUUCAUUUUUCACCACGUCCCGACGGGCCCCUCGGCCGGCAUGUACUCCCCGGGUUAUUCAGAGCACAUUCCACUGGGGAAAUUCCUUAACAACCGAGCGCACUCCAACUACCGGGCUGGCAUGAUCAUAGACAACGGGGUCAAAACCACCCAAGCCUCUGCCAAAGACAAGCGGCCCUUCCUCUCCAUCAUCUCUGCCAGAUACAGCCCCCACCAGGACGCCGACCCACUGAAGCCCCGGGAGCCAGCCAUCAUCAAACACUUUACUGCCUACAAGAACCAAGAUCACGGGGCCUGGCUGCGUGGUGGGGACGUGUGGUUGGACAGCUGCAGGUUUGCUGACAAUGGCAUCGGCCUGACCUUGGCCAGUGGUGGAACCUUCCCCUAUGAUGAUGGCUCUAAGCAGGAGAUCAAGAACAGCUUGUUUGUCGGCGAGAGUGGCAACGUUGGCACAGAGAUGAUGGACAACAGGAUCUGGGGUCCCGGUGGCUUGGACCACAGUGGAAGGACCCUCCCCAUAGGCCAGAAUUUUCCCAUCCGAGGCAUUCAGUUCUAUGACGGCCCCAUCAACAUCCAGAACUGCACUUUUCGCAAGUUCGCAGCCCUGGAGGGCCGGCACACCAGCGCCCUGGCCUUCCGUCUGAACAAUGCCUGGCAGAGCUGCCCCCACAACAACGUUACCAAUAUUGCCUUUGAGGAUGUCCCGAUUACUUCCAGAGUUUUCUUCGGGGAGCCCGGGCCCUGGUUCAACCAGCUGGACAUGGACGGGGAUAAGACGUCGGUGUUCCAUGAUGUGGAUGGCUCCGUGUCCGAGUACCCCGGCUCCUACCUCACCAAGAAUGACAACUGGCUGGUCCGGCACCCAGACUGCAUCAACGUUCCGGACUGGAGAGGCGCCAUCUGCAGCGGGCGCUACGCACAGAUGUACAUUCAGGCCUACAAGACCAGUAAUCUGCGGAUGAAGAUCAUCAAGAAUGACUUCCCCAACCACCCUCUCUACCUGGAGGGGGCCCUGACCAGGAGCACGCAUUACCAGCAGUACCAGCCAGUCAUCACCCUGCAGAAGGGCUACACCAUCCACUGGGACCAGACUGCUCCCUCUGAGCUCACCAUCUGGCUCAUCAACUUCAACAAGGGCGACUGGAUCCGAGUGGGGCUCUGCUACCCCCGGGGCACCACCUUCUCCAUCCUCUCGGACGUCCACAAUCGCCUGCUGAAGCAGACGUCCAAGACGGGCAUCUUCGUGAAGACCUCGCAGAUGGACAAAGUGGAGCAGAGCCAUCCUGGCCGCAGCCAUUACUACUGGGACGAGGACUCGGGGCUGCUUUUCCUGAAGCUGAAAGCUCAGAACGAGAGAGAGAAGUUUGCCUUCUGUUCUGUGAAGGGCUGCGAGAGGAUAAAGAUUAAAGCUCUGAUCCCAAAGAACGCAGGCAUCAGCGACUGCGCGGCCACGGCCUACCCCAAGUUCACGGAGAAGGCCAUCGUGGAUGUGCCCAUGCCCAAGAAGCUCUUCGGUUCUCUGCUGAAGACAAAGGACCACUUCCUGGAGGUGAAGAUGGAGAGUGCCAAACAGCGCUUCUUCCACCUGCUGAACGACCUGGCGUACAUCCAAGUGGAUGGGAAGAAGUACCCCAGCGUGGAAGACGGCAUCCAGGUGGUGGUGAUUGACGGGAGGCACGGGCAGGUGCGGAACCACACUGGCUUCAGGAGCGCCGUCCUGCAGGGCAUCCCCUGGCAGCUCUUCAAUUAUGUGGCGACCAUCCCCGACAAUUCCAUAGUUCUCAUGGCAUCAAAGGGAAGAUACAUCUCCAGAGGCCCAUGGACCAGAGUGCUGGAAAAACUCGGGGCAGACAAGGGGCUCAAACUGAAAGAGAAAAUGGUAUUCGUCGGCUUCAAAGGCAGCUUCCGGCCCACCUGGGUGACCCUGGACACUGAGGACCACCAUGCCAAAAUCUUCCAAGUGGUGCCCAUCCCGGUGGUGAGGAAGAAGAAGCUGUGAGGACCGCCACCACCCCGUGUGCCCCCACAGUGGACUCUCACACUGGAAUCUGGGCGGCGGCCCGGGGCGGGGAGGCUGGUUCCCACAGCCCCGGCCUGGCAGCUGCCCGGGAAGGCCACGUGUCAGCCCCGACGGGCCAGGGGGAGGCUUCUGAGCCCCCUGGUGCUGCCGCCUGCCCCACUCAAGUGUCCACCUGCAGCCCCAGGGCCCUGUGGGCUGAUGCUGCAAACCUCCUCCCUGCAGCGUCCCGGGCGUCUCCCUACCUGUGCCUCUGCGGUGGGGGCUGUGGGGACCACACGGAGCCCUGGGCUCUACUGGAAAAAAGGUCCCUUUGGCAGGAGUUCUGCUCCAGCUGGGAGGCAGCCUGGGAGUGGGAGGGUAGGGUCACUCACAGAUCUCCAUGCUCUCCAGCACGAUGUUAGGGUGGGAGGUGCAGGAAGAAUCCUCAUUCCUGCAAGCGGGACCCGACCUCCACCGGGUUCAGAGCUCGGGUGUAGACAGAGCUCGGGUGUAGACAGAGCUCACCGAGAUGGAGCCAGCUGUCCUCGGGGAGGAUGAGCCUGCCUCCGGAGGAGGUCAGCCUCUCAGGAGACUUGGCGCCCAGGCUGGGAGUUGGACUAGGUGACUUUUAAAGGCCCUUUCAGUUCUGAGAGCCCAGAAGUCUGUGGCUUCUCACGUUGUGCCCGGAGUCCAGUGGCAGGCAAGAACAUUCUUCUCAGCCGACAUCCAUGAUGCUGGGUGCUCCGGGCAGACAGGAUGGAGGCAUGAGAAGCAAGGCCCAGGGCGAGGGGCUCGGCUGUCUGGCCCAACAGGCGGUCAGCGUAAGUGCCUUCUGAUGCUAGGGGGAGAAAGCUGAGAGGGCUCAAAUGGGGGCCGUGCCAGUUCCCAGGAGGGAAAGAAAGGGUUUAUGUGCUUGGGUGGGUCUGGAAGCUUCUUGCAGGAGAGGCCCUGGGCUCAUAGGGAUGAAGGGCAGGGGGCUCAUGGGUGGCAGGGAUGGGGCAGCCUCUGGAGUGUUCAGAGGCUGAGCCCUUCCUGCCGAAGCUGGAUGACUUCAAGGUGGCCCAUUGCCCUGGACAUGUUGGCCCACCCAUAGCGGAGAAGCAUGCGUCAGAGGGAGGGCUGGUGGGCCCCUGACACCCAGAGUGUGGGCCAGCCAGCCCCACCCACAACUCCAACAGAGGCUGGAGUCAAGUCGAGAAAGGUGGGCUCCUCCAUGGGGGGCCCAUCUGCUCCCCCGAGAAGCUCUCACACCUCAGGGUGCCUGGGCUUUCGGAGCCAGAAAGGGCCUUAGGAGACACCUAGUCCAAAGCCUUGGUUGUAUAGACGGGAUGAUGAGACCCCAAGAAGGGGAAGAACCACAUGGCCACAGCGGGGCCAGGAUGGGAGCCCCCACUCCCCACACUCACUGCCACACCACGCUGCCUCAACUGCCGGCCGGAGGUGCCAGGCGCUCCUGAAGGACAAGCCCCCUUGAAGGGAGAAAAGAUGAGACCAGAAAGGACCGUUUCUGCCCCGGCCCCCUCACCGUGCACACAAGGGCGCCCCCCUGUGGGCUCUGGAGGCCCUGCAGCCUCCACCUGGCUCAAACUUACCUGCCCUCCCGAGGGGAGCCCCGCUGCCGCAAUAACUGCCCUGGUGCUACCUGCGUCUGCAGGUCCGCAGGCGCGCCCAGCAGACAGUGUCAGGCCACCCUGACACAUCUUUGGGGAGCUGACAAGGUGGCUCUCCGGGGUCCGUCCACCCCAGGCCCUCUUGGAGAACUGCCCACCUUGGAGAGCCAGGAGAGCUCUGGAAAAGGAAAACUCUGUCUGUGGUUUAUACUCUCUCGUGAGACCCCAGGGUCGCUCUGGGUCUCAUGAUGACCACGUCUGUCCCCUCUCCUGCCCCAACCACAAACUACGUCCCUUCUUGUACCCGUCUGUUCAGCUGCACCCAGUGAGGCUCAGCCUUAAGUCCACCCCCCCUCCCAGGGUGAGCCAGUUGCCAAAGAGGUUUUUCCCACUAAACAAGUCUUUCAGCUGCUAGGGGGUGACGGUGGGACUCUGCCUUUAAGGACACGGCAGCUUCAGAGGCCUGAGUCCCUGGAGGGACCUCUUCCAGGAAGAUCAGAGGCCGUGGGGAGGAGAGUUCAGAUGACCUCAUGUUCUUCUCGUCUACAGUCCUGUUGAGUUUUCCUAAACUCUUAAUGCAAGGGUCUCACACUGUGAACCACUUAGGGUGCGAUCACUUCCGAUGGCCAGGAAUGUUAACUGUCUUUGGUUCAGUUCAUGGAAAGAAAAUAUCUAUUUGAAAAUCCUCAGAGUUGUACAUUUGUCAAACAGCACAGGAUCUGUGCAUAUAACGUUCCUUCCAAAACCAUUCACCAAGAGCCCCUGUCUGGGCAUGUUCUUGGUAGCACAAAUUUUCUUACUGCUUAGAAAAUUGUUCCUGUUGUUCUUUCUGUUUGGAAGCCUCAAGAUGACUUAGGCCUUUUAAAAAAAAACAAAACACUCCUCUGAAAUGCUUGUCUUUUUCCUGUUGCCGAAUUAGCUGGUCCUUUUUCGGGAAUUAGAUGUAUAGUGUGUUUUGUAUGUAAACAUUUCUCGUAGGCGUCACUAUGAACAAAGAUAUAUUUUCUAUUUAUUUAUUCUAUUAUGCACUUCGAGAAGUUGUUGUCAGAGAAAUGAAGAAUCGUCUUAAAUGUCUUAUUUGGGUAUGUCCUUUGGACCGCUUGUAAGGGGUGUACCCAGGGCCUUCUGCUUGCAGCAGACACUGGCUCUGGUUUGGAAAAUCUUGCUGUACUGUAGUAAACGUAAAAAAGAUGUCA